AUGCUGAUGAUGAUGGAGGAGGAGAUGCAGGCGGCAGAGGAGGGGCCCAGCCUCCCCAGGCUCUACAGGCAGAGGAGCCCCUACAGCGUCCUCAAGACCUUCCCCAGCAAGAGACCAGCCCUGCCCAAGCGCUACGAGAGACCCACCAUGGUGGAGCUCCCGCACCUCCGGCCGGCGGGGCAGCCCUUCCCGCCCGCCGCCUCCAGCAGCAGCGAGCCGCACCACUACCCGGCGGCGCCCGGCUCCUACCCCAGCGGGCCUGCCCGAGCCGCCUCGCUGGGCCACCCCAGGACUCCCGCCCCGCCGCUGGGGCCCCAGGCAGCCUCCUCCUCCUCGGCCCGCUACAGCCACGGCCAGUCGGGGGCCGCGGCCAGCGGCGAGGGCGGCAUCAGCAGCAGCCUGGAGCUGAGCGCAGAGAGUCGUAUGAUUCUGGAUGCCUUUGCCCAACAAUGCAGCCGGGUUCUUAAUCUUUUAAAUUGUGGUGGAAAACUACUGGACAACAAUCACUCUCAGUCCAUGAUUUCUUGUGUAAAGCAGGAAAGCACAAGUUAUAGUGAAAGACAAGAGCAGUGUCAGCUGGGGAAAAUGGUCCAUAGUCAGACGUCAGACAAUUUAGACAUAGAGAUGCAGUAUAUUCAAAAGAAACAACAAACCUCAGCCUUUCUGAGGGUUUUUACUGAUUCCCUUCAAAACUAUUUGCUUUCUGGGAGCUUUGCAUCUCAGAACACCUCAUCAGUAAAUGAUUUUGGCCAUUUGGCAGAUGUGGAUCCACUUUCAACCUCUCCAGUACACACUUUAGGUGGAUGGACAUCCCCAGCAACCUCUGAAUCCCAUGGUCACCCAUCAUCAUCUACACUUCCAGAGGAGGAAGAGGAGGAGGAGGAGGGAUACUGUCCCCGAUGUCAAGAGCUAGAGCAGGAGGUAAUUUCACUACAACAAGAAAAUGAGGAACUCCGGAGAAAACUAGAGAGCAUUCCAGUGCCCUGCCAGACUGUUUUAGAUUAUUUGAAGACUGUACUUCAGCAUCACAACCAACUUAUGAUACCUCAACCAACAGACCAUCCAACAGAGGGAAGCAAGCAGUUGCUGAACAACUAUCCUGUCUACAUCACUAGUAAACAGUGGGAUGAGGCUGUAAAUUCUUCAAAGAAAGAUGGAAGGCGGCUACUUCGAUAUCUCAUCAGAUUUGUUUUCACAACUGAUGAGCUUAAGUACUCAUGCGGCCUUGGAAAAAGGAAAAGGUCAGUGCAGUCAGGAGAGACAGGUCCUGAAAGACGUCCUCUGGAUCCAGUAAAAGUAACAUGUCUCAGAGAGUUCAUUAGGAUGCAUUGUACUUCCAACCCUGAUUGGUGGAUGCCAUCUGAAGAACAGAUAAACAAGGUUUUCAGUGAUGCAGUAGGACAUGCUCGUCAAGGACGUGCAGUGGGGACUUUCCUUCAUAACGGUAAUUCAUAUUAUGAAGGGAUAGACCAUCAAGGUUCACAAGAAGAAAUCUUCAAUAGGGGUAUCCAAGAUGGCUCUGGAGAUUGAUGUCAAUGGAGGAAAUCCAUACUACAAUAGCAACCAGUUAAUUAGAAGACACUUUUCUAAAAAUACUUUCCUUGAAGUCAUUUAAGAAUCCAAAGCAUGUUUGAACUCAUACUGCAAACAUUCCAGCUUUUCCAUCCUGUCCUAGGGUUCCAGAUAACAGAGAGUGAUUCAUUUCAAGGUCUACCUAUGGGAUUCCUUGGUGCCUAUAAAUUGCAAGCCUUUCACAGAAUCUUCAAAGGAAAACUGCAAUUUCAUUCAUCUAGUUCUAAAGAAAAGUUAAUUUUUAAAAAAGGUAUCAAAUGAUUAAAGAAACAAAAAGUCACUGUCUUGUCUGCUGGCUGAUACUGGGCCCAGUUCUGAAUUCCUGGACAGAACUGAACUCUGGCAGAAUUCCUGACUACUAUUAGUUUUGCCUGAGUACGGGGUUUACAAUCAAACCGAGAGGCUUGUGACAAAGGAAGUAGUCUUCUAUGUUUUACUAGAAAGUAGUGUAGAAAAAUUAUAAAAGUUACCUUAAAAUGUGGAAUAUUCCAUCUCAUGUUAUGUCCUCAAGUCCUGAACAAUACUUCCUUUGUCCAGCAAUACCAGGAAAUUAAACUUCCCUGCUAAAAUGGCAGUGCUCAUUGGCAACAGAAUCCUUCAAUUAGGCAGUAUCAAAACAGUAACAGGUAUUUCUAAACCAUUAAAAAUUUCUCCUUAUAAUUGAUAGAUAUACCCCUACCCUGAUAUAACGCGACCCGAUAUAACAUGAAUUCCGAUAGAACGCGGUAAAGCAGCGCUCCGUGGGGGUAGGGCUGUCCGCUCCGGCAGAUCAAAGCAAGUUCGAUAUAACACGGUUUCACCUAUAAUGUGGUAAGAUUUUUUGGCUCCUGAGGACAGCGUUAUAUCAGAUAUAUAUUUAUCUAAAGUAUUGAGCUAAACACUGCAAUUUUCCUAAAAAUGAGAUUGCUAUACCAUGAAUUUCUAUUUCAGGAGACAAUUUAUUUUGCAGCAGUAUUUUAUGGCUUUAAAGGUUUACAUUUGCAUUUGUUUGAGCUAUUGUUUGUGUUUUAUGCUCAUUGCCUGAUCAGUUUCAAGGAAUGAGCUUGUCCUAAUAUUCAGAUACUCAGUGGUGCAUGGAGAGAGGGAUUCUAUAAUAAAAGUCCAAUUUAUCCUUUUGGCUAUUGGGCACUUAAGCAUGGGCUCCAGGACUGAUUGAGAGUUGUAAACAAAUAUUUGUGCUAGAAAUGAAGCUGAUUCACAAUGGAAUACAAUAUUGGAAGCAGAUACGAAGGUAAAAAACUCAAUUUACUGGAGAUUUUCAAUAUCAGGAUUAGGGUACAUUGUCACUGUAGGAAAGUUUUGAAAAACUGAUGCACUCUAGAAACAUUUAACGCCAAAGAAACACCACCCUCCCCUCUCAUUUUCAGCAUUUUUUCAGUCCUCCUGCUUUAGGCAAGUCAGGCCUUCCCCAUCACUCCUGGAUUCUUGAAUCAGCUUUUUCCUGAGACAGCACUUCCUGUUUGAUAGACAUAUUGAACUCCUUCUAGGUAGGUGAAUCUUCUCCAUCUUUGAUCGCCUUUAUCUCUACCUCAUCUUUGCCUGUUUUCCUAAGUAUUUUCCACCCCAUCCCUCAUCAAGGGGUGUGGGCCUACAGAAGAUCUAGUCUGCCAACUAAUCUCUUCACUUCUCCCCACCAUACGGAUGACUACUGGAUGGGGAAAGCUAGACGCAACACUCUCCAUAACAGCCACCAGGGGUCCCUCUGAACCAAGGUGCUCCUGUAUAACUCUUGCUGGACCAAGGGUGAAGUACUGAGGCACCCUCUCAAAUACUAAUCCCCCAUGCGAUAAUUUCCUCAUUUUAUCUGUCUCCUCUUUGUCUGCCAUUGUGAAUGGUUUCUGUUGUAUGUAGUACCCCUCCUGUCAGUCAGUGAGAAGAAGCACAUCAUCAGCACAGUGCAUCUAUAGAGCAAGAUCAUGCUGUCCUUUCAGCUACUAACAGGCUGUACCUGGAUGGUGUUUCAGGAAACAGUCUUCUGUACAUACCUUUGUAGAUACUGUCUAAUACAAUAUAGGCUUUAGGCCCAUCAACAUCCAAUACCUCUUAAUUUUAUUUUUUCUAAUGUUUUUAAAGGGUUUUUUAAAUCUUCAUUUGACUUAGUUUUUAGAAAUUAAAUUUGUUAUUCUAACUAGUAAUUUAAUCACAUUGGGCGUGACCAUGCCGUUCGUUUUUAAACAGAAUCCCUUACUCUAGGCAAGAGGAGGUUCUGCUUAUAGAUCAAUGGCACAAGAUGGUCCCCUUGGGAAGAAGCUCAGCAUGUAUGUCCUUCCACAGAGAAAAGCUACAGCAGAAUAUUUGUACUAUUGAACUUAUACUUUAAAAAAAAAAUUAGUAGAAGAUAGUACGUUGGUCAGACAGUGCAAGUCUCGCAGGUAUGUCUUUAAUGUGGUGUCACUUGCCAGAACUACUUGGUAAAACAUGUCAGCGUUAUCCUGUAAAUGACUAUUUACAGCCUGAGUCAGCAUUAUACUGUAAUUUUGUUGACAUUAUGUAUCAUGAUGUAUUUUUGUAAACAUUGUGAUGGCUUCUUUCAAAUGUUUAAUUGUAUGAAAUUAAAAAUGAAAACAUUUCUCUUUGAAUAACAGAGAAAAGUAUCACUUCAUUAGCCGGCUUCUCUCAAAUAAUAAUGUAAGGGUUUUGUUAAAGCAGCCAGUAAGCCUAGCUUUAUUUUUAGUGUAAAGGGUAGUCAGUCUUCUGCCCUAAAAUGGUUUAACUUCACAAUACUGCCCUCUCCUAUUGUGCAAAAUAACCAAACUUGUGGCCUGAUUUAUCUAUGUAAAGACUAUUUAUCUAUGUAAAAGAGUUUUCAGGAUCAGACCUAUAUAUGCCAAAAUUCUGCCCUCAGCUGCAUGUGUGCACCGACCACUGAAGCAAACGGGAGUCACAGAUGUGCGGAGGACAGAAUUUAGAUGUGUUUGUUUUAUUUUUUUAAAGUUUUAGAUUACAAAAUCUGUCCUGGGUUUAUAAUGAACUAUGGUCCCCAUGGCCAAACUCACUUCAUUUAUAACCUUUCACAACUAUUUAUUCUAACCAGUCCAAAGCAUAUAUUCUCAUUGCAUUGUAAAUCCACGUGUAUUACUGAGAACACAUUUGCAAGAAACUAGGAAUAAAUUCUAGGGAACACUAGGGACCAGAAGUAACAGCAUAUAAGCCAUUGCACAAAUAUAUAUUCAUGUUAAAGCACUAUGUUUUGAAAAGUAUUGUAUUAAUUUACGGUGCUAUAUGUACACGGAAAAUUUGGAACAGAAGGAAGUUGUCGCCUCACUCAGAAAAUAGUCCUAAAAUCGUUCUGGAAGAUAGAUCCUUGUUUUAUAUAUUCUUUAAUCUUGCUGUCCUUCAUGUAUCUACCCUCUCUGAAACUUUGUGUAGCAGUACUGCAUACCCAUUAGUGCCAAUCUGCCUUUGCUCUAUUUUCUAUAACAAAUAAUUGUGGAGAAACUGUGAUUAAAAACCCAUUAAUCCUAAUAUUUUUAUUGUUAAGGUGUAGUUAAUUCUAUGAAUACUUUCUAUUGAUGAUUGUACUGUGUAGAGUAAAUACCAAUUUAGGGAUAGCCUAAUACCGGAUACUGUAUAACAAAGUGCAUAGUGUAAUAUAGACUAGUAAGUUUUUGUGACAAUUUCUAUAGGAUGUGUGAAUUGUUUUCUAUGUGGCAACACACAUUUCUUUUAAAAACUUAAAAAUGUUAGACAAAUUUUUAAAGUCAAUAUUUUUUAAUUAUAAAAAACAUUUGUUACUAGAGUUUGCUAUUUCAGGUGUUAUCCCUAAUUUGAAUAUUGGUUUUAUUAUUAUGUACCUCUAGUUCCAU